CGUCGGCUCACAUCAGCUGAUCACGAGCGAGCCCGUUGCGAGAGAGCUCCGCGAGGAGAGCCCCGGUACUCUGUCAGUCGUCUAUUCAAGGCGACGUCGGGAGGAACGACCUAGAUCCGCAAGGACCCGUUCUGAAAUGACCGCUCUCUAGAGAUGCUGUCCGCCCGAUCACUUCUGGGCUUGAUACAGAAACGUUGCAUCGCGACCAAUCCGACGGCUGGGCUCAUUGUGAUCGGUGAUGAAGUGCUACGUGGUGAUGUCCGGGAUUCGAAUGCUUACUUCACUUUAAAGAAUCUACGGAGGUAUCGUGUCAGCGUCAAAAGGAUCAACUUCGUCGGGGAUGAUCUACAAGAGAUCGGCGCAACGGUCAAAGAUUUUUCGAGAAGGUUCGAUUUCGUUUUCACGUUUGGAGGUGUCGGACCCACGCACGAUGACAUUACAUAUGAAGCAAUCGCAAAGGUUUUCAACCAACGGACCGAACUCCGUCGAGAGGUGUUGGACAUGUUCGAGCUAUACUUCGGGAAACUAGACGAGACGAGCCCUUUGACGAAAUUCGCCCGCAUUCCAGAAGGCGCUGUGUCUAUCGUGGAACAAGUUUCGCACAGUUCGAAGCAAUUCAAGGUCUGUUUCAUCAAAUUGGAGAACGUCGUGAUUUUCCCCGGUGUUCCAGUGUUGGUCGAGAAGCUCUUCCCCGUAGUCGUGAAACAUCUGAAACUCGAAGAAAUGCCCGAAAUAAGCAAAGAGCUGUACCUGACGCUGGACGAGGCGAGCAUCACGAAGCACUUGAACGAUGCCGUUCACAAAUUCAAAGAUGUCACCUUCGGCUCAUACCCAGAACUGUAUGGGAACUAUUACAAAACACGAUUACGGCUAGAAGCUUCGAACGCUUCACUUUUGACUGACGUAGAAUCUUACCUAGCGGAGAAAUUGCCCAAAGGUACCAUUCUGGAUGGUUUCCUCCAACGUCCAUUGGAGGCGGCUGCGAAACGUGUCGAGGUUCUGGCAGCCAAGUACGACUUCGUCCGUGAGGCCUACAACGUGGUUCUCGAGACCCUGGAGCGCUACAAACCUGAAGAGAUUUGCGUGGGCUUCUCAGGAGGCAAAGAUUGCAUCGUUGUGGCCUUCCUCUACUAUGCUGCCCUCCAAGACUACAAAGACAGAAGAGGCAUCGCUGAUGUCCCUCAACAUUGGUUCUACGUGACAUCCGGCAAGGGCCGACCCGAAGUUGAUAGAUUCGUCGACGAUAGUUUAGCCUUAUACGCGGCGAAGAUGAGUACGUGUCGUCCCCCGUAUAAAGAGGCCUUGCAGAGAGCUAUCGACGACGGAUUGAAUGUCUUCCUGUUGGGCAAUCGGACGGUCGAUCCGAAAGGCGAGACCUUGCAGCAUUUCAAGGAGACUGACCCGGAUUGGCCUCGAGCCAUGAGGGUUUUUCCCAUACUCAAGUGGAACUACAGUCAAGUUUGGACUUUCAUUAGAGAAUUAUAUAUUCCUUAUUGCCCCUUGUACGAUCAAGGCUUCUCGUCUUUGGGGGAGAAAAGCACCCCGAAUCCAAAAUUAAUGUUCGUUGACGAGAGAGGCGUAACCCGCUUCAAACCCGCUCACACGUUGCAGGAUGGGAGCUCAGAGCGGAUAGGACGUACAUAACAGUGGAUGCGUAAUAUUGACGGGAGCCGUCGUCGAGCUUCCCCGUGAUGUUCUCGAAAGUACACAAUGUAUGUCUGCACGGCAUACUUAUUUUCUUAAAAUGAGUUCGUUUUUAUGAAAUAAAUAAAUAUAUGGGUCGGCGAGGGAAUUCG